AUGGGCUGGAGUACAUGGAACGAGUACGAAUGCGCCAUCAACGAGACCGUCAUCCUGGAAGUCGCUGAACUUCUCAUCUCUCUUGGUUUGAAAGACCUCGGCUACAGUUACGUGAACAUAGACGAUUGCUGGUCCGACAAAUCUAACCAACGCGAUAACGUCACAAGAAGGAUCCGUCCUGACUAUGCCAAGUUUCCGGGUGGCAUCAAACAUACAGCAGACGAGGUCCAUAAGCUCGGAUUGAAAGUCGGCAUCUACGGUGAUGCUGGCGACACAACAUGCGGUGGAUACGCUGGCUCCCUGGGACACGAGGAAGUAGAUGCCAGGACCUUUGCCGAUUGGGGCAUCGACUGUAAGCUAUAUUUACUCAAAGCAGCUCUUCAUUACUCAUACUGGUUAGACCUCAAGUACGAUAAUUGCGCUGUGCCUGACGAAUGGGACGACGAGUACCGAUGGUGGCCAGAGAAUUGGCUGGGAGGACCCCCGGCCGAAGACCAAAGCGCUGGCGGUGACGGUGAAGCUCGGCCUGUUCCAGCACCUGCAGGCUACGAUUGGACGACUUCAAAGAGCUUCACGCGGUACAAGGCCAUGAGUGAUGCACUCCUAGCGACAAAUCGUACGAUUGAAUACUCGCAAUGUGCCUGGGGCCAUGCCCACAUCGAGCAGUGGGGCAACGAUACCGGCCACAGCUGGCGCAUGUGGGGAGACAUCUACCCAGAGUGGUACGAGAAGCAUCAGUAUUCUUGGGGCAUCAUGCCCAUCCUCAAUCAUGCAUCCUUUUUCAACAACGAUACCAACUUCUGGGGACACGGCGACUGGGAUAUGCUUGAGGUGGGCAACGGAAACCUUACCCUACAAGAGAGUCGGUCUCACUUCGCCCUCUGGGCUGCUCUGAAGUCGCCUCUAGUCAUCGGCACCCCUCUCCACGGUAUCGAGCCGGAUAUCCUAGGGAUUCUGAGUAACAAGGAGCUCAUCGACUUCAAUCAAGACCCGGUCUUUGGUGCUGCAGCCAAACCCUACAAGUGGGGUGUCAACGCCGACUUCACUUGGAAUCAAUCUCAUCCCGCUGAGUAUUGGAGUGGGCUGUCUUCCAAGGGUGUGCAUGUGUUUGCACUGAACACACUCAAUGCGACCCAGACCAAGGCCAUCGACUUCGCGGAGGUGCCUGAGUUGGAUGCGGAGGCUGAAUACACCGUGUUCGACUCAUGGACUGGAAGAAACCAGGGAAAGUUCAAAGGACGGUACGAAGCAGUUGUUGAGUCGCAUGACACCGCGGUUAUCCGACUCGUUGAGACGAGCGAUGUUGAGUAUGACGCGUCGCACUAUCAGCUGUGA